AUGGUUUACCUCUCCCUUCUAAUCUUGGUUUCCCUAAGUUCAAGCUAUGCUCAGCAGUUCUAUGACCAAUCUGAUUGCGGUGUUGAGGCUAGCAAUUCAGGCUCAAGAUACAUUUGCAAUAUGUUCCAAAAUUCUUGCCAAACAUUCUUGGUCUACAGAGCCAACCCGAAUUUUCAAACUGUUUCGAAUGUCUCAGACUUGUUUCGAAUGGAUUCUGAUCAACUGCUUGGACUCAACAAUCUCACAUCUCCUUCUGAGGAACUGAAAGCAGGUAGGGAAGUUAUUAUUCCCAUUAAAUGUUCUUGCUCAGGUCAAUAUUUUCAGGCAAGUUUCAGCUACACGGUUUUGCAAAACACGUCAUACUCCGAGGUUGCUUGUGGGGUUUUCGAAGGCUUGCUCAAGUCGUUUACACUCAAGGAGGAAAAUAUGUCCCAAGAAAACAAGCUUGUGGUUGGCACUGAGCUUCUUGUGCCUCUAAGAUGUGCUUGUCCUGAUAAGUUAGCUAGCAGUAGUGGAGUGAAGUACCUUGUGACCUACCCUCUCAUAGAAGGCGACAGGCCAGUCAUCUUAAGCCAGAAGUUUGGCAUCUCUCCUGAAGAUUUUUUAUCAGUGAAUCAUUUAGCAAAUGACGAAACUGUGUUUCCGAAUACGACUGUUUUAGUUCCCUUGAGAGCAGCUCCGGAGUUAAACUUCAACAUCCAAUAUUCUCCCCCUCCAGCUCCUACUCUUCUUCCCACAAUUGCUGUGGAAAAAAUCUAA